AUGAUUGAAAAUACAGCAGAAGAUGCCUAUAACGCGACUAGAGCCAUAUAUGGCAAAGAGAGACUUCAGUCACAAACAUUACAUCUGCGUCAUUUUAAUAACUGGAUCAAAAGUUCCUUAAUUAACAAAUAUUGCUCGCCAUAUUCAAUUGUUCUCGAUUUAGCUAGUGGCAAAGGUGGUGAUAUUAGCAAAUGGAUUCACAAAGCCCCUGCACAUAUAGUCUUUGCUGAUAUUGCUAAAGAAUCUAUGAAAGAAUGUUACAAGAAAUACUACAAAUAUUCAGACUCUCUUUUAGGCACUUUCAUUGUAGGUGAUACUUUUGGUUGCAAAUUAAACAAACUUGUACCAGACAUGAAAUUCAAUAUUGCUUCUUGCCAAUUCGCUCUUCACUAUGCAUUUGAAUCUUACGAAAAAGCUUCUCAGGCCAUUGAAAACUUAUGCAGCCAGCUUUUACCUGGUGGAUACUUACUAAUAACAACAAUUAACGCAUUUCGUCUUGUAGAUCUAUUUCGUGAACAAGAAGCUAAAGGAGGCACUCAAGAGCAGAAAAGAAAGAUAUCAAAUUCGGUUUUUUCGGCUGUACGACACUUUGAUUUUGAACCAUCAAUUCCUGCUUUCGGUGCAGGCUAUGUUUUCUAUCUAAACGAAUCUGUAGGUCACGUUAAAGAAUAUCUUAUACAUUCUGUUGUUCUUGAUCAGCUUUGUGCUGUUCAAGGUAUGAGUCCAGUUGCAUCUUACGGUUUUCAUGAAUUUUACAAUACUGUUCUUAACAAUCCAGAGUUUGAUGCAGAAAAAGACCUCUUUUACAAUACUCUUAAAAGGCAACAAGGCGGAUUGCAACUUGCCGAGAUGACAGAGGAUGAAUGGUUUGUUUGUGGACUAUAUUCAUUCUAUGUUUAUCAAAAGCAAGGUACAUUUGUUCCUCCUCCAAAACCAGAUAAAAAAUCUUAUCCAAAAACAUGGACGAUGAAGCUUAUUGACGCUAAAACUGGUGCUGAAGAGUUGGUUAAUGUUGACCAUGAUGAUUAUGAUACUCCACGUGGAAGAACAAAGAAACCAAGAUAUUAA